AUGGAAGCGAGAUGUCACCCGUCGGUGAUGUGUUCUGCGCUCGUGAUCAUCUGUGCUGUCCUUUGCGCCGCUGACGCUACUGUCCUCGAUUUUGGGGACAGGCAGUACAUCAAUGAAUGGGCGGUGGAGAUACCGGGCGGACCUGACGCAGCUAAGGCAAUCGCCCGUGAACUGGGCUACGAGCUGGUUAGACAGAUAGGGGCACUGGAGAACCAUUACUUACUCAAACACCGUAGUCAUCCUAGGCGGACAAGAAGAACUGCUGACCACAUCACCAAACAGCUUUCCGAGGAUGAAAGGGUGUCAUGGGCAGAACAGCAGUACGAGAAGCAGCGCGGGAAGAGAGCACCGUUGGGGGCAGAGUGCUCCACCUGCUCGGCAGACAAACUUUUUGAUGACCCCAUGUGGUCACAGCAGUGGUACCUGCAAGACACCAGGACAUCCCCCUCCCUCCCAAAACUGGACCUCCACGUCAUUCCUGUGUGGAAGAAGGGGAUCACCGGGAAGGGUGUGGUCAUCACCGUGCUGGAUGACGGCCUGGAGUGGAACCACACGGACAUUUACCCCAACUAUGAUCCAGCUGCGAGUUACGACUUCAACGACAACGAUCCCGACCCCUUUCCCAGAUACGACUCCACCAAUGAGAACAAGCAUGGGACACGAUGUGCCGGAGAAAUCGCCAUGCAAGCUAACAACAACAAGUGUGGAGUAGGUGUGGCAUACAAUGCCAAAGUCGGAGGAAUUCGGAUGCUGGAUGGGAUUGUGACUGACGCCAUUGAGGCGAGCUCCAUCGGCUUUAACCCCGAUCACGUUGACAUCUACAGCGCCAGCUGGGGUCCCAAUGACGACGGGAAAACAGUGGAAGGUCCCGGGCGCUUGGCGCAGAAGGCCUUUGAGUAUGGCAUCCAGAAGGGGCGUGGCGGGAAGGGCUCCAUCUUUGUGUGGGCGUCAGGGAACGGGGGUCGGCAGGGGGACAACUGUGACUGUGAUGGCUACACGGACAGCAUUUACACCAUCUCUAUCAGCAGUGCCUCCCAGCAGGGGCUGUCCCCCUGGUACGCUGAGAAGUGCUCCUCCACCCUGGCCACCGCCUACAGCAGUGGCGACUACAGUGACCAGCGAAUUACCAGUGCAGACCUGCACAACCAAUGCACAGAGACACACACUGGUACGUCUGCCUCUGCCCCAUUGGCUGCUGGGAUUUUCGCCCUGGCCCUGGAGCAGAACCCUGCCCUUACGUGGCGGGACCUCCAGCAUCUGGUGGUAUGGACCUCAGAGUUCGACCCCCUGGCCAACAACCCAGGUUGGAAGAAGAACGGCGCUGGGCUCAUGGUGAACAGCCGCUUCGGGUUCGGGCUUCUCAACGCCAAGGCCCUGGUGGAUCUGGCUGACCCCAAGGUGUGGAAACACGUUCCAGAGAAGAAGCAGUGUGUCGUGAGGGACAGCACCUUCCAGCCCAGGGCAUUAAAAACAGACAGCGAGAUAAGAAUUGAGAUCCCCACGAGGGCCUGCGCUGGGGACGAGAAUGCCAUCGUAUCCCUGGAGCAUGUGCAACUGGAGUCCAGCAUCGAGUACACUCGGAGAGGAGACCUGCGUAUCACACUCACCUCCCCCUCAGGUACCAGCGCUGUGCUGCUGACAGAAAGAGAGAGGGACACGUCCUCCAGCGGCUUCAAGAACUGGAACUUCAUGUCCGUGCACACCUGGGGGGAGAACCCCUCUGGCACCUGGACCCUCACCAUCACAGACGUGUCUGGACGAACGACAAACGAGGGCCGCAUCGUUGACUGGAGGCUGAUCCUACACGGCACAUCAGAGCGGCCAGAGCACAUGAAGACGGAAAGGGUGUACACGCCCUAUAACGCUGUGCAAAAUGACCGCAGGGGCCUGAUGGAGGAGAACCCUACAGAGCCCCACGUACCUCUGAAAGCCCACCCCUCUCCUGGACCCUCCCCCGGGGGAACCCCCUUCGAUGCCCUCAUACAGCUCCUCAAAGCAGCCAUUGAGAGGCAGCCCUCACCCAGCCAAAGCCAAGCCAGCAGCAGCAGGCCAGAAGCGGAGACUGCCGUCCCAUCCCUCGCCUCCCAAAACCUCUACCAGGCCCUGGACCUGCUCAGUAAGCAUGAGGGCUUGGAGGGCAGCCAGCCCAGUGACUACAGCGAUGUGCUGUACCGCGAGCCCAAUGGGCACAGAGACAACACGCUAAUCCAGACCCUCCUCACUAUGCUCACGAAUACCAGCCGGUGA